AUUCAUGACACACAAUAUUUUCUAGUAUCGGUGGUAUUCCAUGAUACAAAACCCCUGUCUUUUUCUUUAAUAGGUGAGAAUUGAAGAGUCUACUCAAUGCUUGAGUUAUAUCCCCAUAUACAGAACCCAACGUUAUUCCACAGAUUAAGUCCUGUGGCAUUAUAUUCAUUGACUUUAGCUUUUACUCCACUUUUUCUCGACUUAUAAACCUUCACACAUCCCAUAUCAUCUUAUUAGCUUAGUGAGAAGGGUAUAGUUCAAGUUUUCUUUUUCUUUCUAAAACUUCUUAUUUACCAUGCCUUCUACUACUCUUCAAUGGCUAAGCCUUGUUGGCAUCAUUUGGCUCCAAGCCAUAAUUGGCACAAACACUAAUUUCCCUACUUACUCUUCUCAACUGAAGCAACUUCUAUCUAUUUCCCAAGUUCAACUCAAUAACCUUGCUUUUGCCUCUGAUGCAGGCAAGCUUUUUGGCUGGUUUUCUGGCCUUGCUUCUAUAUACCUCCCCCUUUGGUUAGUCCUCUUGAUUGGUUCAACUCUUGGGUUAGUUGGUUAUGGUGUGCAAUAUCUCUACAUAACCAACCAAAUCUCCUCUUUGUCCUAUUGGCAUGUGUUCUUGCUAACUUUUCUUGCUGGCAAUAGCAUUUGUUGGAUAAACACAGUGUGCUAUGUUGUCACCAUAAGGAACUUCUUUUCUGAUCGCGAAGUUGCCGUGGGAAUGACAACUAGCUACCAAGGACUAAGUGCAAAGAUUUAUGCCAACAUUGUUGAUGCUGUUUCUCCUCACAAGAAGGCUAGUGCCUUUAUCUUCCUUAACUCUCUCUUACCUGUGAUAGUUGGUUUAAUAGCAGCUCCUCUAGUCAGAGAAAUUGAUGAAGAAGUCACAAGUCCUAAGCACACGCGUGUUGGUUUUGGUGUGAUGUUUGUUAUUACCAUUUCAACUGGAAUAUAUGCUGUGUUGAGCAGCUUGCAGUUUGUCACAAGCAAAGUAUCCUCACUAGGCACCUUGGUUGGUAUUCUAGUGACCCUUCUCUUGCCUCUACUAGUCCCUCUUUCAGUGAAGAUCAAGGAGCUUCAGGAAAACACAGAAAAAGUGAGAAUCUACCAUUUUACUAUGGAGGAGAAUACUACUAGUGAAGAGAGGGUGGAGAAUGAGGUGAAAGAGGGUGAAGUUCAAGAAGAGGUUGGUAUUAUAGAAGAAGUUGGAGUGAAGUUGAUGCUGAGAAGAAUAAAUUUCUGGUUAUAUUUCUUUGUCUAUUUUUUUGGUGCAACAGUUGGUUUAGUAUAUCUUAAUAACUUGGGACAAAUAGCUGAAUCCAGGGGUUGCUCUAAUAUUUCAUCUUUGGUGUCUUUGUCAUCAUCGUUUGGGUUCUUUGGCCGUCUCAUGCCAUCUCUUAUGUACUACUUCUACAGGGGAAAAUGUAGAAUUUCAAGACCUGCUUCUAUGUUGGCAGCGAUGGUUCCAAUGUCAGGUGCAUUUUUCUUACUUCUCAACAAAACAGACAUUGUCCUCUACACCAGCACUGCAGUGAUUGGAGUGUGUACUGGAGCAAUCACUUCCAUUGCUGUUUCCACAACUACUGAGCUAUUUGGUACUAAUCAUUUCUCAGUGAAUCAUAAUGUGGUGGUGGCCAACAUUCCUAUUGGAUCCCUUAUAUUUGGCUACUCAGCUGCACUUAUUUACCGUAAGGAAGGGCAUGAACAUGAUGAGCAUGUGAAAUGCAUGGGCAUGGAAUGCUACAGAAACACUUUUAUCAUGUGGGGUUCCUUUUGUUUCCUUGGAACUCUUUUGGCUUUGAUUCUACAUGCUAGGACUCGCAAGUUUUUCUCACAAAAACAAUAGGGUACACAUUUUACUUUAACAGGAGUAUUGUUUCUUUUUUAGCAUACACUGGAGAUGUGGCUUGUAAAUCUCCUCUAAAUUUUACACCAGUACGUAAUAUAUAUAGUAGAUAAAUAUAAAUAUACAUCUAUUUUGUUUUU